AUGGCCCGCACAGAAGAGGCGGAAGCCUUCUUCCACGCAGUCUACACCGCAGUGCAAGAAGUUCCCGUCGGCAAAGUCACAACCUACGGCCACAUCGCCAGACUCGUCGGAACCCCCGAACGUCCCCGUCAGGUAGGCAUCUGCCUCAAACACCUCCCCACAGACCCAGCAUCCCGCUUCAACAACGAAAACGUCCCAUGGCAGCGCGUCAUCAACGCCAAAGGAACCAUUUCGCCACGCUCCCAGCCGUCAGGUGCUCGAAACCAAGCCGAAGCCCUACAAGCCGAGGACGUCGAGGUCUCGCGGACGGCAAUGGGCGAGUUCCAGGUCGACUUUAGUUCCUACGGCUGGUUUCCCGAUGUUCUCCCCUCUGAAGAAGAGUGA